AAUUGAUAAGAAAAAUAUAAUUAUUAAUUAUUAUUAAUUAUUUCUUAUCUAGCCUUCUCUCUAAACCUUCACAUCAUUCUUAUCAAGAUGUCAAAGGUACCCGAUCAUGAGAAAUACACAAAGAUAUGUCCAGGUGGUGGACUGAUAUUGGCAUGGCAGCUAAAGGACAAAAAGGUACUACUUGUCGGAGGCGGAAAUGUAGCAGCGGGAAGGUUGAUCAACGUAAAAGAUGCAGAUGGUCAUUUAACCGUAAUGUGUCCCUCGAGCGGAUUAUGUACAGAGAUGAAAUAUCGUAUCAACGUAGAAAAGAGUGUUGACCAGUAUAUCGACAAGAGUUACGAAGGACCAGAAGAUAUUGCAGGUUACGAUUUAGUCUUGACUGCAAUCGAUGAUGCAACAACAUCACGCACAAUUUGUCAAAUUGCAAGAUCGUUAAAGAUUCCCGUCAAUGUGGCAGACGUACCACCAGAAUGUGAUUUUUACUUUGGAAGUUUGAUAAGACGCGGUCCGCUACAAAUAAUGGUAUCUACCGGCGGAAAAGGUCCAAGAAUCGCUGCCACCACCAGAUCGUUAAUCGAACGUGCAUUACCGGUCUCGAUAGGAUCGGCAAUCGAAAAAGUGGGAAUUUUGCGUGCAAAAUUACGUGAAAAGGUACCUGAACCCAAUAAAGGUGCUAGAAGGAUGCGUUGGAUGAUUGAUGUUUGCGAUGCUUGGUCUUUUGAUGAACUUGCUUCACUUACGCCAGAAGAAAUGGACAAAAUCUUAUCGGGUUGGGAAGCCGGAAAGGUAUACAAACCUAGAGACGUUCGUGGCAUUUCCGUCAUUCGAUCUUUCAUUCCGUCAAAAGAUUCACUGUACAAAUCACUCUUUGGCACUUGUCCUGUGGUAGGAUACGUUUCACCUUGGCUGGCCGGUAUCGGAGGAGCAGCUCUUGGCGUUGGUGCAACAUUGGCAGUGAUCGCUUUACGGACAAAAUACUCAUCGGCAAGAUAAAAAAUCAGUAAUAUAUGGUAUAUUGUGUGUGCACGAAUGCAGAU